AUGUUUAACCUUUGCGAAGGUGACUGCCAAAGCUCUAGUUCAAGCUCAAAGGAGGAAGAUUCGGAUGAUUCUGGACUUGCUGUGCAGAAGGCCAGAAGCCUUCCAAACCUGAACCGGCGAUUGCCAAAGCGCACUGACAGCAGUGACACCACUGACGGCAAAGAUGGCUAUCCAAGCAUAGACAGCAACCUGCAAAAGGCGCGAGGAUAUCAACGAAAAGUUGAUCGACGGCGUUCGCAAACCUUUAAAUCCAUCACCGUCCCAGAGGAGGUCUUGCAGGUAGCCGUGGAUGACGAGUACCAACUCCCAGAGGAUGAUGACUUCGACGAGUAUGGAGAGCCCCUUUUCGCGGAAAGCUGGACAGCUCUCUACGCUCUUGACUGCACGAAGCACAAGAGUGCAUCACAUCAUGGCAUUCCUUUGAAAUGA